GGCUGGGAGAGGAUUCCAAAGUGACGUUUAGCGCUGGCCCCGUCCGGAGCCCGGCGGUUGCUGGCAGCCUCUGUGCACGGAGCCUCCCGGGUCUCUCAAGCCGGGAAGGACCCACUGCGGGCAGCGGACGCCGGGGAGCCCGCCGCACGCACCCCGAUUCAAAGCUCGGGACUCCCGGCCGGUUUCGACACAAGAGAACGCCUACAAGGGACCCUUGAAUCCCGCCGGUUGUACUCAGCACCGGACCGACCACAAGGGCCUGGAUAAGCCCGCCGCAGUACCGACCCAACCGCUGCCUCCGCAGGAUACAUCGCGGCUUAGCCAUCCAACGGGGAGGUGGGGACCUUUUUGCAACUCCCCGGUACUGACCAGACCCGGCGGCUGGUGUUGGCCCAGGUCCUUUCUGAACCCGACGGACCCGACCCAGAAGACCUAGUUUUUGCUAGCCCGGUGGCUCGGGCUUGUUGGGAGGACCGGCGUGCUUUGAGAGGAGCGAGGACCUCGGAGGACCACCGGCCGUCUGGGGCCGUCUGAAGAUCCGCUUUGGGAAGAGGAGAGAGCGCCCGUCAAGCGCUAGCCGCCCGAACCCAUCUGCGGGCUGCCGGAUCCGGCGUGUCCGACGCCGCGCCAACUAGCAGGGGAGGGCAGGACCGGUCUGGCGCUCGCUUUCCAGGAGUACGCGCCACCUUGGCCGGACAGCCCAUCUCGGGACCGGGCGGGACUACCGGAUCGCUCUCCCUGAGCCUGGAGGAGUUUCAUCCCCGGAGUUUUCACUAAACCCGCCAGACGCAGAGCCCGCCGCCCUCGCCGCCAGGAGCUGCGCCUCCCCGCCGCGAGCAGCAGCAACCCUCGAGAUCGACGCUCGCCCGGGGCGCGGGAUUGUGUAGCCGCCCCGCCGGGCUCCGGCCCCGCCAUGGCCGCAGCCCGCCCGGGGGCGCCCCAGCCGCUGCUCCCGGUGCUGCUGCUGCUGCUGCUUGUCCUGCCGGGCGGCUGCCGCGCGUUGGAAGAAACACUGAUGGAUACCAAGUGGGUGACAUCUGAGUUGGCCUGGACAGCUCAUCCAGAGACUGGGUGGGAAGAAGUCAGCGGCUAUGACGAAGCUAUGAACCCCAUCCGGACAUACCAGGUGUGCAAUGUACGGGAAACCAACCAGAACAACUGGCUGCGCACCAAGUUCAUCCAGCGCCGUGAUGUCCAGCGUGUUUAUGUGGAGUUGAAGUUCACAGUGCGCGACUGCAACAGCAUCCCCAACAUUCCGGGCUCUUGCAAAGAGACCUUCAACCUCUUCUACUAUGAGUCGGAUACAGACUCCGCCUCUGCCUCCAGCCCCUUCUGGAUGGAAAACCCUUAUAUCAAAGUGGAUACAAUUGCCCCCGACGAGAGUUUCUCGAAGCUGGAAUCCGGCCGGAUGAACACCAAGGUGCGCAGCUUCGGCCCACUUUCCAGGAAUGGCUUUUACCUGGCCUUCCAGGAUCUGGGGGCUUGCAUGUCCCUCAUAUCCGUCCGUGCCUUCUACAAGAAGUGUUCCAGCACCAUCGCUGGCUUUGCCAUUUUCCCUGAGACCUUGACCGGGGCAGAGCCCACCUCUUUGGUGAUUGCUCCAGGGACCUGCAUCCCCAAUGCGGUGGAAGUAUCAGUGCCCUUAAAACUCUACUGUAAUGGUGAUGGGGAAUGGAUGGUACCUGUGGGAGCUUGCACCUGUGCUUCUGGGUAUGAACCAGCCAUGAAGGAGACUCAGUGCCAAGCCUGUGGUCUAGGCACCUUCAAGUCAAAGCAGGGGGAAAGCCUGUGCUCCCCAUGUCCCCCCAACAGCCGGACGACCUCCAGGGCAGCCACCCUCUGCAUGUGCCGGAGCAACUAUUUCCGGGCAGACACCGAUCCCCCCGACAGUGCUUGCACCAGCGUCCCAACAGCCCCACGCAGUGUCAUUUCCAACGUGAACGAGACGUCACUGGUGCUAGAGUGGAGCGAGCCACGGGACUCAGGCGGCCGGGAUGACCUGCUCUACAACAUCAUUUGCAAGAAGUGCAGCGUGGAACGCCGGCUGUGCAUGCGCUGCGAUGACAAUGUGGAGUUUGUCCCCCGCCAGCUUGGCCUGACAGAGAGACACAUCUACAUCAGCAGCCUCAUGGCCCAUACACAGUACACCUUUGAGAUCCAGGCUGUUAAUGGUGUCUCUAGCAAGAGCCCCCACAACCCCCAGUUUGCUUCUGUCAACAUCACAACCAACCAGGCAGCUCCUUCGGCAGUUCCCACAAUGCACUUGCACGGCAGCACAGGAAGCAGCAUGACUCUUUCCUGGGAGCCGCCAAAACAGCCCAAUGGGAUCAUCCUGGACUACGAAAUAAAGUACUUUGAGAAGCAGGAGCAGAGUGAUGGCAUCGCCAACACCGUCACCAGCCAGAAGAAUAUGGUGCGCUUGGAAGGGUUGAAGCCCAACUCUGCCUACAUGGUGCAGGUUCGGGCACGCACGGUGGCCGGCUAUGGCCUGUACAGCCUCCCGAUGGAGUUCCGGACACCGGUGGAGGAUGGCUCCAGUAGCAAGAGCUUCCAGGAGCUGCCUCUUAUAGUGGGGUCAGCUACCGCAGGUCUCGUCUUUGUGAUUGCUGUGGUAGUGAUUGCCAUCGUCUGCUUCAGGAAGCAACAAAACAGCACUGACUCAGAGUAUACAGAGAAGCUGCAGCAGUACAUCACUCCAGGGAUGAAGGUUUAUAUCGAUCCUUUCACUUACGAAGACCCCAAUGAAGCUGUCCGGGAGUUUGCCAAGGAAAUUGACAUUUCUUGCGUGAAAAUUGAGGAGGUGAUUGGAGCAGGUGAAUUUGGGGAAGUCUGCCGGGGCCGCCUCAAGCUGCCAGGCAGGCGGGAGAUCUUUGUGGCCAUCAAAACGCUGAAAGUGGGCUACACGGAUCGGCAGAGGCGGGACUUCCUGAGCGAGGCCAGCAUCAUGGGGCAGUUUGACCACCCCAACAUCAUACACCUAGAGGGGGUGGUCACCAAGAGCCGGCCAGUCAUGAUUGUCACAGAGUUCAUGGAGAAUUGUGCCCUUGACUCCUUUCUGCGGCUGAACGACGGGCAGUUUACGGUGAUCCAGCUGGUUGGCAUGCUGCGCGGCAUCGCUGCUGGCAUGAAGUACCUCUCGGAAAUGAACUAUGUGCACCGGGACUUGGCGGCCCGCAACAUCCUGGUCAACAGCAACCUGGUGUGCAAAGUGUCAGACUUUGGCCUCUCUCGCUUCUUAGAGGACGACCCCGCAGAUCCCACCUACACCAGUUCACUGUGUAUCUUCCCACAGGGCGGUAAGAUCCCGAUCCGGUGGACAGCUCCGGAAGCCAUUGCCUACCGCAAGUUCACGUCUGCCAGUGAUGUGUGGAGCUAUGGGAUUGUCAUGUGGGAGGUGAUGUCCUAUGGCGAGAGGCCUUACUGGGAUAUGUCUAAUCAGGAUGUGAUCAACGCCGUGGAGCAAGAUUACCGCCUUCCACCCCCCAUGGACUGCCCCACCGCACUGCACCAGCUCAUGUUGGACUGCUGGGUGCGAGACCGCAACCUUCGGCCUAAGUUUGCACAGAUAGUGAACACGCUAGACAAGCUUAUCCGUAACGCAGCCAGCCUGAAGGUCAUCGCCAGCGUGCAGUCUGGCGUGUCUCAGCCGCUCCUGGAUCGCACUGUGCCGGAUUAUACAACCUUCACUACUGUGGGUGACUGGCUUGACGCUAUCAAAAUGGGACGGUACAAGGAGAACUUUGUCAACGCCGGCUUUGCCUCCUUCGACCUGGUGGCCCAAAUGACAGCUGAGGACCUGCUCAGGAUAGGGGUGACGCUAGCAGGACACCAGAAGAAGAUCCUGAGCAGCAUACAGGACAUGAGGUUACAAAUGAACCAGACGCUGCCAGUUCAGGUUUGACCGCUGAGGACUCUGGUUUGGAAUGGACCCGCCGGGGGAAUCUCCCGGGAUUCUAGUUUGUGGUGCUGCCCAGCUUCCUGAAUUUGGGAGGGGGUGCCGUUCUCCCUCCUCCUACCGCCCCCUUAUCUUUGCCUGGAGCCUCUUGGCUUGUCAACAGACCUCUGCUGGGAUGGACUAGGAUUCUCCUAGCUAGAUUAAAGGCUCAUGGGGAGGGGAGGCAAGAAGGAACCCUGCCUUUUUCUUUUCGUUUCUUUUUUUCCCUUUUUGCUGUUGCGUGCUUGGAAUUGUGCGCCAGCAACGCGGAGUCUUCAUAUUGAAGACAGAUUAUGGGGGGAGGCACCAUCUCCCCCUUUGUCCCUCCCACUGAUCUUCUCCACCUCCCUCCAAUGGGGGCCAUCAAUGUUCAGUUCCUCUGCUUCUUUGGCCUCCUCUGCUGACACGCAGUCUCACCUGGCAAAGAGGAAUCCCUAGCCAAUGAAUGAACGAAAGCACCUGCCAGAGCUGCUCUUCACCAGGAAGGAGGAUCCAGCUGAGUGGUUUCCCCGCGUGCCCGGAGACAAUUGUGCCUCACCUAGCUCCGCUCCUAGGGAGCAGCACAAGAAACGUUUGCAGGGGGAGAUGGCGGCUUGCCCACUUUGGGCCCAGCACGUUGGAACUACAGAGCCGGUGGCAGCAGUUUCUACGCAGAGAGUUGAGCGAGCCGGUUCUGCAUCUUGGAAUGUUCCCAGAGACCCGUCAGCGUGAGUUUGCACAGAGCCUGCUUGCCCAGCGGGAUUCAGGAGAAGGGAGGCUGUGCUGAGCAGAGGAGCCUUGCAUUCUCUCCCCCCCUCCCCGCUUCCUCCCCACCUCAUGUUUUAUGCAGGAAGGAGCAGGAUCUGUCAGCCAUGCACCCAUCUCUGUGGAUCCUUUUCUUGACACACGCUGUGAUUGCUGCCAAAAAGACUGGAACACAUUCCACUUCCCCCCCCCUUUGCUUUCUUCUGAAAGCCUCUGCAGCCCUGAGCCGAGGGGGCAAGAGGCUCCCUCGCGGAGCUGGAGAGCUUGCAUGUGUAAGAGUGCGUGUACUGGCCGUCUGGACCUUGCAAGAGGGCAUGGGCAGAAUAAAGGCAAUAACAAUUUUA